GUUUACGUGGAAAACAUGGCGGCGGACUCUCAGCAAGGAGACAGCGGCUAGUACAGGCGACUGCAAGUCUGCGGCAGCGAGCUGGACGCCAGACAGGGGACAUUUGACUGUUGGCUCCUGGAGCUUUCCGACUGAUACUUCGUAUGAAGCGGUUUCCCUCUUGCUUUGGCCACAGGGACAGCGGUGAUGGAAGACGAGGAGAGGCAAAAGAAGCUGGAGGCCGGCAAAGCAAAGCUGGCUGAGUACCGCCAGAGAAAGGCGCACGCCGACUCCCAGAGGAAGCAGAAAAAGAAGAAGAAAAAGAAGACCGCCGAGGACUCGGAGGGGGACUCGCAGGAGAGGGUGGAGGUCGAGCCGGAGCCGUCCGUGGGAGGAGACCAGGUCUCGAGCGGGAGACGAGAUGGAUCACGAGGAGGAAGUGAAGACCCACCCACUACGGAGUUUACCUUUGCCAGGACGCUGCGCAGCGGAGAGACUGUCAAGCACGACCAGACCUACACCAUAGAGCCGGAGAGUGAAGUGUCCACCACUGCUGAAGAUUACUCCUCAGAGGUAAAUGGGUGCCAUGAUGAGAUGGCAGAGACUCUAAACAUGACUUCGAAGGAUUUAUUCUGGGAGGAGGUGGAGCCCCUGCAACAGGUGGCAAAACGAGGGACGACGCAGGAUAUGGAGGAUGCACUCGCCACCAAGACCCAGGCGGUGGAGGAGUUGAGUCGGGAGCUGGAGGAAAUCAGGUCUGCCUUUGGUACAGAGGGAAUACAGCAGCUGCAGGACUUUGAAGCUGCUGUGAAGCAGCGGGAUGGCAUCAUCACCCAGCUCACAGCUAACCUUCAGCAGGCUCGUGAAGAGAAAGAUGAGAUCAUGAAAGAAUUCCUGGAGCUGACGGAGCAAAGCCAAAAACUGCAAAUUCAAUUCCAACAGCUUCAGGCGGGUGAGACACUGAGGAACACCAGCCACAGCAGCACGGCGGCUGAUCUUCUUCAGGCGAGGCAGCAGCUCAUCCAGUACCAACAGCAGUUGGAGGAAAUGAAUGUGGAGGUCCGAAAGCACCAAGAAAGGAGCAGCGAGCAGCUGGGUCACAUCAGUCAGCUGCAGCACAAGCUCAGUGACAUGGAGCUGUUGGGGAGAAGAUCAGAAGAAACAAUAAAUGAAAAGGAACUGUUACUUUCUGAAAAAGAAAAAGUUAUUGGUACACAGGAGCAGCUACUGACUGAGUUACGGACAGCCGAGAAGUCUUUUGCACAAACACUGAAAGAGAAAAAUCAGUUCAUUUUAGAGCAAACUGCAAUAAUCACCGAACACGAGCGGUCACUGACCCUGCUCAGGGAAGAGCUUGCCCACGUGGGAAGGACGACAGAUGAAAGUAUGAUGCAUCAUUCCGAUGAAAAGGAGAGGAUUAUAGCGGAGCAGGAGAGGGUUAUUACAGAACGGGACUGUUCUCUAACGCAGCUCGAGGAUGAGCUGGAGUCCUCGGAAAAACGUCUGCGUGACCUCCAACAGCGGAUGGGCGUGAAGGAAUCGGAGCUCGAAAGAUGUCUGGACGAACUGGAAAGUACCAAGUCUGACUUUGAAAGGUGUAAAGGUGAAAUGGAGACUUGUAAACUAGAGCUGGAGAAAGAGAAAGCAGCACUGGAAGACUGUAAAGGUGAACUCGCAACCUCCAGACAGAGGGAGCGGAUGUCAUCCAGUGAGAUCAUGCAGCUCAUGGGCACAGUGGAGAACCUGCAGAAACGUCAGGUGAGCAUGUCCGAGGGCGAUACCAUCCAAAAGAUGCAGCAAGAGACCGUGAGGAAGCUGGAACAUCUCAGGGCGGAGCUGGAUGAGAUGUACGGCCAGCAGAUCGUCCAGAUGAAGCAGGAGCUUGUCUUGCAACAUGCAGCGAAGGUAGAGCAAGUGACUGAACAACACUGUGCAGAACUGGAUCGUCUUAAAGCACAACUGUCUCAAAGCUCCACUGCCAGCACUGCUGAGGUGGACUCUCUCAAUGCUAAGAUUACGGAGCUUCAGGAGACAUUAGAGCAAUCCCAUGCAAUGCACGAGGAGGCCAGACAUGAGCUAAGCCAAGUUGUCCAAGAGAGGUUCAACCUGCAGGCCAAGGUUGAGGAUCUUCUUCAAGACCUUUCUUCUGCUAAGGAAAAAGUGGAGCUGGUCUCUCACCGUCUUAUUUCUCAGGAAAGCCAACAAGGCGAGCUGCUGCACCUCCAGGCGGACGUCGAGCGUCUGAAGAGUGAGUUGGCCGCCGCUCAGGGAGCUGCACACGAAGCCGAGACUAAACACGAAUCGGAAUUAACUAACUACAAGAUCAAGUUGGAGAUGCUGGAGAGGGAGAAAGAUGCUGUACUCGAUCGCAUGGCGGAGUCGCAGGAAGCGGAGCUGGAGCGAUUGCGGACCCAGCUUCUGUUCAGCCAUGAGGAAGAACUCACCCAUCUGCGUGAGGAGUUGCAGAUGGAGAACUUCCUGAACACAGAAAACCUCCUCAAUGAAGCUGCAAUAAAACACGAGAAAGUGUUGGAUGAGACGCGCAUUCAUUUUGAGGAAGACUUGCUUUUGUUGCGGAGAGAGAAGGAGAGCUUCGCCACCGAGCGAGAUGAGCUCCUGCGCCAGAUUCUUGGUCUUAAAGAGGAUCUCAAGCUGGCUUUGGAGAGCUCCAAAGCCAGCGAGCUCGUCCAGCAGCUCCAGGAGCUUCAGGGGGAGCUUGAGCAACUGAGAAAGGAGGGAGAAGAAAGAGUUAAAAUGGAAAACCAAAUUCAGACGUUAAUAAAACAGACAGAGGUACUCGAAAACCAGAAGAAAGAGAGAGAGCAAUGGUGGGAGAGCAAAAUGGCAGAGCAGGAAAUGGAAAAGCAGAGAUUAAUAGAAUCUAAUAAUCACUUGAAGGAAGAAUUGGACUCAAACGUAAUGAAAGUUACAACACUGGCGUCGGAGAACAAUCGGACACAGCAACAAGUAGCUGAGCUAAGGGAAGAAAUAGAGAAACAAAAGACUACUUUCUCUUUUGCCGAAAGGAAUUUUGAGGUGAACUAUCAGGAGCUGAAGGAGGAGUACACGUGCCUCAUUGAGUCGAAGACGCAGUUAGAAGAGCGGACACUGAAGGAGACACUUGAGUUUGAGGCGAAGAUUGCCAGCCUUCAGUCGCACAUUCGGGAGCUGGAGGAGAGCAGCGAGGAGACUAAAAUGGAGGACGCAGAAAGAGACAAUAAAACUGUGAUAGAAAAAGAUACUGCUGAGCUAAUGGAGAAGCUUAAUUUUGCCCUGAGUCAGAAGGAGAGCUUAGCUGGGAGGCUUUCUGAAGUUACAGAGAAACUGACGUUUACGGAGAGCAAAGUGGGGCAGCUGGAGGAAGAGCUGAGGAAAGUGACUCAAGAAAACAUCAAGGUUAUUCGCCAAAAUGAGAGCCUGCAGAAGGAGCUGGAGAAGAAGCAAGAGAUUACGAGGGAGCAGACGGAAGGGCAGGACGCCCGAAGAAAAGCUAAGCUCCAGAGGAAACAAGCUGCUGACUCGGUUUGUUCUUUUGAGGAUCAUCACCUCCAGAUUCAAUCUCUGCAAGGGCAGAUAGAGGCUCUUCAGUCCCACUUACAGGCGGCCGAGGCUGAGAGGGACGGCGCCCGGCGGACGCUGGAGCUCCACAGGCUCUCGCAGACCCCGUCCUUGGGGGAGGGAGCCGCCGAGGGACGAGCCUCCCCGCACAAGUCCACGGCGCCCGGGUCAAACAGGCGCAAGAGGCGGCAGAGGUCGAGGCAGGAGCGCAAGCUGGGCACUCCUCUCCCCGACGGCAGAGAGGAAAAGCCAAGGGAGGAGGACGAGGAGGCAGCGGCAGAGGAAGAGAGAGCUACAAGUGGCGCAGAGCAGGAGAUGCAGCCUCACAGAGACAGCCAGGUGAUGUCAUGUUCGGUGGAGAGCGCCGGUAAGGAGGGCUCCACUGACGGGUACCGGGGAGAUGGACACGGAGACUCCAUCCACAAACAGAUGACCAAACAUGGGACAGGCAGCCGGUCGCAGCUCAAGCAUCAGGAAACGGAGGAAGAAGAAGAGACUACUGCGCAUGGAGAGUGCAGGCUGCAGAUGGAGGCCCAGCGCAUUAGUCUGUCUCAGAUCCACGCCGCCCAGCUUGAGCUGCUGCAGGAGGAGAAAAAUCAGAACGAUCGCAGUGACCUGGAUCAGCCAAAAAUUUGGAAACACCAGAGCAUGUUACAAGCUGUGUCAGAAGAAUGCAGUGAGAUCAUUCUGACUUUCCAGAAAAUGUUUGGUGAGGACGUUUUGGAGAGUCUUUAUGUAGAGGACCCACUUUGCCCUUCAGUGGAAAGACCAGAAACUAGUGAAUCCACCUCAGUUAUUAAAGAGGCUAAAGAUUUGUACAGAAAUCUUCUUCAGGUAAAGGAGAGGAUUGAGCAGGAACAUUAUAGACUGUUACAACUCCAGGCUCUGCUGAAAUCUGAUGGGAACAAGAUGAUGGAAUUGCAGAUGGCUUACGAUGAAUUAAUCAGUCGGGAGGAGGAGAUGUCCGACCUGGGUGUGCAGUUUGCCAGUUUAAGCCACUCUACAAAUAAAGAUCUCAAGGAGCAGCCUGGUGCACCAUCUAUCUCCCAUAAGCAGGAAUUGCAGCGACUGAAGACUGACGCUCAGGAGAAACAGUUACAGCUGGAGGAAAGCCACAGACAAGAGCUGGAGCGUCUGAGAGCUCACUACCAACAACAGGCCACGGAGUCUGAGGAGCGAUACGCCACUGAGCUCUUCAUGCUGCAGCAGCGACUGCAGGAAGUCACAGGCGCUCAGACGCAGUGCAGCCUGUCCAGCGUUUUGGAGUCCAGCCCCGAAGGAACAGAGGAGCACAGCGGGGAGCUAAAGGACGCUGGCGAGGAGGAGUUACCAGUGGAAGAUGUGGAGCUGCACACGCUCGCCAGGUCUGCGGGCCUGACGGUGCAGCUGCAGGCACUGAGGAAAGCGCUGUACCGCAAGUAUGUCCAAGAAGUCGCCAGCCUCAAGGAGCAGCACAGCAGCGAGCUGAGGAGGCUGAGAGAAGAGAGGGAGCACGAGAGGACACGAGCGGGGCGUCGGGAGGAGAGGGGCGAGAGCGAGCAGAAUCUCAACUGUGUCAACGGCGCUGGCACCUCCGUUGGGAGCCUCAGGGCGGCCAGACAGGAGGUCCUUGUGGAGGAGAAACAACGCUGGGAGAGAGUGGAGGAGGAAGUGGCCAAGGCCAUAGUUCAGAUGUCUGUUGAGUUUGCCCAGCAAACUGAGCUGGCUCGAAUCAACAAGAGAGCCUGCCAGACAAACACUUCCAUGCAGACACAGCCAGGGGAGGAUGAGGCGGAGGAGAUGGAGAACAAGGUGCCGACCCCUGCACCUUCGCUCGCAGUGGGUGUGUGGCUGGAGGAGGUGGAGCGACUGGAAAGGGAGCUGGAGGAGAGGAAUGCAGAAAUCAGACGGCUAAAAGAGGAGCUGCAAAAAUCUGAAACGUCGCCUUCGCAGGCUUUAAAAACAAGAGAAGACAGUCGAGAAGACACUGAGGAAGAGGAAGAGCGAGGCAGGCUGGGACUGAAGCACGAGGAUGGAUCCAAGUCGUCAUCGCAGGAUGGUGCAGAGUCAAAAACAGACACUGAGAGAUGCCUGUUGCUUAUGGCCAACAAGAAGCUUAGUCAGGUGCUGGUUGAUGUCUUGAAGACCACGGCAGCAGCAGAGGAAACUAUCGGCCUGCAUAUGCAAAGCCUGCGUGAUGCUUCGGGUGCAGGGCAACAGGCUGCACCGCCGCACGCCUCAGCACAGGGAGGUGGUACGCAGCCCGUCAGACCUUUUGGUGCAGGGCAUUCUGCAGACAGUUACAGUGAGACCAGCGCAGACUAUGGGAGCGUGUGGUCGGGGCCAGCAGAGGCUGAGGAGGGUCUGGAGGUGUCCCUGCAGGUGAUGGACAGUCUGCUGCUGGGUGCGGGGUCCCAGCUGGAGAACGAGGAAUAUCUGAUGGGCGUCAGUAGCCGACUCCAAACUGCUCUGGAGAAGAUGUUAAUGACCAUCACAGACACCACCAACCAGCUCGAGCAUGCCCGGCUGACACAGACCGAGCUGAUGCGGGAGUCUUUCCGCCACAACCAUGAGAUCACAGAGCUGCUGCAGAAGCAGGAGGAGCUGCAGGAGAGGUUGUCCGAGGAGGCGCAGGCACGGGAGCAGCUGGCGCUGGAGCUCCACCGUGCUGAGGGUCUGAUUGAUGGCUAUACGGGUGAGCGGGCAGUGCUGGAGGAUCAGCUGCGUCAGAAGGAAGAGCUCCAGCUGAGUCUCGAGCAAGAGCUGCAGGUUACAAGUAGCCGAUUGCACGAGUUGGAGCAGGAGAGGCUUCAGAUGCAGGAAGAGAGAGAGCUGUUGUCACGACAACAGGACGCCAUGAAGGAGCACGCAGGGCCCCGUGAGCUUUGCCUAGUUGAAGCUGCAAUGGUUGCAGCACCUGAAGCAGACCUGUUAGAGGAGACGGAGAAGCUGAUGAAAGAGAAGGUGGAGGUCCAGCGCCAGGCCGAGAAGGAGAACGCCGACCUCCUAAAGCAGGUGAAGCUGCUGGAGGCGGAGCUGGAGGAGCACGUCAACAAGGUGAUUGAGCUGGAGCACGCGCAGAAGACUGAGAGCAGCGACCUCCAACAGCAGAUACAGGCUCUGGAGAAACAGCUGGAGAAGAACAGGAAGUUCCUUGAUGAACAAGCUGUGGACCGAGAACACGAGAGGGAUUUCUUCCAACAGGAGAUCCACAAACUGGAGGAGCAGCUGAAGAAUCCUCAGAAGUUUCAGACCAGCUCUGAGCAAAGAAACCAAGAGGUGGACCAGCUGACCUCCCAGCUGAAGGAGAAGGCGGAUUGGUGCAGUGAGCUGCUGCUCAGCUCAGAGCAACUGCGUCGUGAGUUGGGAGAGCGCGACGAAGAGAUUGACAAGCUGGAGAGCCGCAUCCGCGAGUUGGAGCAGGCCCUUCUGGCCAGCGCUGAGUCCCUGGAGAAGGUUGAACAAAAGAAGCAGCAUGCAUCCAUCACCGAAGCCAAACACGCCACACUGGAGGCUCAGCUGCAGACGGAGAGAGAAGCCCUGGAGCGCAAAGAGAAAGAGAUAUGUAACCUGGAGGAGCAACUGGAGCAGUUCAGGGAGGAGCUGGAGAACAAGAGCGAGGAGGUGCAGCAGCUUAACAUGCAGCUGGAGAUCCAAAGGAAGGAGAUCAGCAGCCAGCAGCAGUAUCUAGAAACAAGGGACAGCAUGCUCCAGGUGUUGGAGGAGAAGGACAGGGAAAUAGCAGUUCUUAAUGAACAGAUCACUAAGCUUCAACAAAUGGAAACAGCCUCUGAUAACAAGGAGAUCGAUGAAAGAGAUGAAGUGCUAAAAGACCUAGAGUCCCAGGUGGAGUGUCUGCGGAGUGAACAAGAGCGCCUUAGAAGGAAUAAUGAAGAGGAAAUCGACCAACUGAAUGCAGUCAUAGACAGACUUCAGCAGGAACUGGCCAAUAUCGAGCAGAAGCAGGCUACAGAGGAAGACGAGGACAAUAAGGGUGAACCAGAGAGCGUUGUGUGGGCGCCAAGUAAAGAGGAGUAUGAUGAAAUGAAGCAAAGAAUGGACCUGGCCACCGGAGAGCUUGAUACGCUGAAAACAGAGCACAGUAAACUCUUGGAUACAUAUCUGCGCUUGAAAGAGAGCACCGCAGCAUUGGCUGAAGCAGAAAAUCUAGAAAACACACAGAGUGAGCUCGAAGAAGCUCUUAGGGAGAAAACUGCAAGUCUUGUAGUCAUGCAGGCCCAAGUACAAGCCCUGGAGCAGAGCGCGACAGCCAGAGUGGCAGAGUUAGGGCUACGCAUCCAUGACCUUGAGGUCUUAGUCGGUGCAAAGGACUCAGAGUUGAGUAACUGCCGCCUCCUUGUGGAGCAAACACAAAGCCAUGCAGAUGGUCUCCAGCAGAAGAUCUCCGAUCUGGAGGAAAAUCUGAGAGAGAAAGUAGCUGCAGUGCUGGUCAGCCAAGCCACGCUCGAGGCCUUCCAGCAGGAGCAGGAGCAGCAGCAGCGGCAGCAGCAGCAGGGGUCCAACCAGGAACUGCAGAGGCACGCAGAGACACAUACGAAGGCAGAUGACUAUGACUUUGUUGACUUUGGUAUUCCUCCAAUGGAUUUUAGUGGACUUGGUCAGGCAAGACAGGUUUCCACAGGGAAGGUGGUCCUUCUCACUGAGAGACUUCGGGAAUUGGAGGUGGGGCUCAUUGGGAUGCAAAAAGACCAGGAGCUCCAGAAGCAGCUGCUGUCCAGCUCUGAGGAGGAGGUACUGGAAUAUGAGAAGAGGCUGGUUGUGCUCAUGGACCUGCUCAGUCAGAUGAAGACGACUCACCAGAGGACUGUGAAGGUUUCAUCUGCUGAUGACCAACGAGCUGUGUCAGAGCUUCUCCAGGAGUUACAGGAGGUCAGAGAUGAGGCCUUGGUCACCAAAGAGCAGCUAGAUCACUAUAAGGAGAGCUGCAGCAGACUCCAGGAUGAUCUCCAUGACAAAACAGCCGCAGUAGAAAGGCUACAGGACCAACUUGAAAAGGUGACAUCGAAUGGCACUGAAGAGAUCAAAGUAUCCAUGCUACAACAGGAACUGAUGGAGGUGCAGAAUGAGGCAGCCACCACCAAAGAGGAGCUGAACAGCUGCAAGGAGGACGUAGAGAAGCUACAGGAGCUGCUGCAGGAACGAGAAAUGACGAUCGCUCAACUUAAAGGAGAACUUUUCCAGGUAAAAGCUGAAGAAGGCACAGCUGAUAUGAAUGAUCUUCUACAGGAGCUCCAGCAGGUUAGAAGCGAUGCCUUGUCUACCAAAGGAGAACUGGACAACUACAGGCAGCACAAUGAGAAACUUCAGGAGGACUUCCAACACAGUGAAGUUUCCAUUUCUAAACUGAAAGAGGAGCUCCAGAAAAUGAGAAAUAACGUGGAUACCACAGAAGAAGAACUCAAGAACCACAGGCAACACAAUGACAAACUUCAAGAGGACCUUCAACUUAGUGAAGUUUCCAUCACUAAACUAAAAAAUGAGCUCCAGGAAAUGAGAAAUAAUGCGAAUACCACAGAAGAAGAACUUAAGAACCACAGGCAACACAAUGACAAACUUCAAGAGGACCUUCAACUUAGUGAAGUUUCCAUUUUUAAAUUGAAAGAGGAGCUCCAAGAAAUGAGAAACAAUGUGGACACCACCAGAGAUGAGCUGAACAGCAACCGGGAACACAAUGAGAAACUUCAGAAAGACCUCCAACUUAGUGAAGUUUCUAUCACUGAACUGAAAAAUGAGCUCCAGGAAAUGAGAAAUAAUGUGAAUACCACAGAAGAGGAACUCCACAGUUAUCAGCAAAUCAAUGAGAAACUUAAGGAGGACCUCCAACUCAGUGAAAAUUCCAUUUCAAAACUCAAAGCGGAGCUUCAAGAAAUGAGUGAUAAUGUGGUUACCACCAAAGAAGAGCUGAGCACUUACAGGCAGCACAAUGAGAAACUUCAGGAUGAACUGCAUCUUCGUGAACGGUCUGUUUCUGAGCUCAAAGAGGAGCUGCAGCAGGCCAGAACAGCUUUGAUGAGGACAGCAGAAUCUGGUCCUCCAUCACCUUCUCCCUCACCCUCUCCUUCCCCAUCUCCUCAGCCCCAGUCCUCUGCUUUGUCCUCCUCCACCACGCAGCCCAAGAGGAAGGGAAGCAAACAGCAGGUCGGUAAGGGAAGCGGUGCCAAAGAUAAACCAUCCGUGUCCAGGAAGAACUCCACCAAUUCCAGCCAGUCCUCCAGCAAAUCUCACAGCUCUCGGCUGAACAGCAGCCCCGAGCAGCAGCGCACGACUGCGACAGACUCGUUCACGCAGACCGAACCCAUCCAAAUAUCUGAUCUCAGCCCAGAAAGCACGUCCGCCACCAAAGAGCAGAUGGAAGAAGUGAUCGGAGAGUUUCAAGAGAAGAUUGAACAGAUGCAGGAGCUUCAUGCUGCAGAAAUCUUGGACAUGGAGGCUCGGCAUAUUUCUGAAAGUGAGAACCUGCGGAGGGACACGCAGGCUCUGGAGGACGAGUGUAAAGCUCUUAAGGCCGUCAUCGAUAAGAUGCGCUCUACUGAGGCUCCUACAUCACGUCAAGAGCGUCCUACAUCACAGUUCAAAGAUGGAUACACCAGUGACAGUAGCUCAGACUACAGCCAGCGAACUGGAUACGACUUGCCGAGCUUACACCAAGAGUUCAGGACGACUCCAGAGGGAGCCAGGAGGGAACCUGAUGAUCCGCUGUCUGACCGGAUCAAGAUGUUACUUCGUGAGGUGCACCAGGAGGGCAUGCAGGUGCUUUCCCUGUCAGAGCUUCCUCUUUCUGAAGGUGAGCAGGGAGGCCAGUUCAACUUCCAAAGCUGGGUGAAGGAACGAGACGCUUUGUUGGCAACAGUGGAGUCUCUCAAAGGCCUGAUUGCUCAGAUGCAGACGCAUAGGGAAACACAGACCUCAGACUGGCGCAGGGAGCUUCUGGAAGCGGUGCAGCAGGUCUUCCUGAGGGAACGAACUGUGUUAAAACAUGCUCUCUACAGCCAGUUGGAGCUGCUGGACACCAACGAUGCCAUCAUCCACCUGAAUCAGCUGGAGCACAGACUGGCUGAACAGGAUGUCCACCACAGAGAGGCAAUGGGUUUACUCCACACUGCAGAGAGGUCCAGUCUCAUCACUGAAGUUCGUCAGCUUCAUCGACAGAUAGAAAAACUUCAAAGUGCCCAGUCUGUUAUGUCUUUAGCUGGUCAAUGUAGCAUGACGGAGCAGAGGGAGGGAGGUGGAGCUGACAGAGCAGUGGAGGCCGACAGGCUGCUGGUGGAGGAACUGAAGGGUGAACUGUCCCAGACGAAACUGGAGCUGGAAACAACACUUAAGGCUCAGCACAAACACCUCAGAGAGCUGGAUACCCUCAGGGCAGAGGUAUCACAGAAGGCUACUGAGGUGGAUGCGCUGAGCGACCAGCUGACAGAGGAGCGGAAGAGAUGCAGAGAUCUUCAGUGGACAAUGGAGAAGGAGAAGUGCCGAAUAGGCAGAACUGAGGAGAGCAAACGAGAGGAAUUAGAGGACCUUUACAUUACUGUGGAGGAGCUGAAGGCCCAUGUGGCCCAGCUGACCUCAGCCUUGGACCAGGAGCAGCAGGGUUCCUCCCAGCUCUCCCAGCAGGCUGAGCAGGAGCGCCUGAGCCUCCGCAGGCUCAUCCAGGAGCUCCAGGUGCAGCUAGAGUCAGAGCGGGCUAAAGCCCAAGAGAUGAGCACUGCGCUGGGGAGAGAGAGGGAGCUGCGGAUCAGCGGGUCCUCCAAUGAGGAGCAGGGCGAGGAUGAGCAGGAGGGGAGUCUGCUGGGGAGACUGCAGAGGGAGCUGGAUGACAAGCAUGCACAGAUCGUGCAUCUCCUCAGCCAGGUGGAGGCCCAAACGCUCGAGGUGGUGCGAAAAGAGGAGGAGCUGACUUUGGCGAGUCAGAGAUCAAGGCGCGACGAGCAGGUGCUGCUGGAGGCUCGGACGCAGCUGGAGAGCCUGGAGACGCGAAUGUCGGAGGCCCAGGAGAAGCUGGAGACAGAGCUGGAGAGGAGGAGGAGUCUGGAGGAAGAGAAGAAGAGACUGGAGGACAGGCUCUACCGGAUGGGGGAGCAAAGAAAAGAGAAAACAGAUAGGGAUCCUCUGCAGGCUGACGGCCACAACGAGGCCGCCUGGCACAGCGAGUCCACAGACCGCACCAAAGACUGGGUGUUCCACCAGAAGAGUGCAAACGUCCAGUCUGCCAGCUCCAGCACUUCCCCCCACCUGGAGGUCUCUCCAGCAGCUCCCAGCAGUGGACUGCAUCACGGCCCCUGGCGCACAGUGGACAGGAUCCUGGGCAAACUACACCUCAUUUCUUCUAAGGUCCGCAGCAUGAACAAGACUACUAGCGGACUGACUACUGAGGUGGACAGUGAAGAGCUGUCCUGGGUGCAGUCCAGUGUGGAUGAAGUCAUCACUAUGCUGCAGCAAUCCCCAGUUCUCCCCUCCGUCCCAGAGAGUGCGUCCCUGCUGGCAGCAGGCUCCUCCAGCUCCCUGACAGAGCGGCUCCUGAGGCAGAACGCCGAGCUGACAGGCUUUGUCAGCCGUCUGACGGAGGAGAAGAAUGAUCUGAGGAACCACACGCUGUGCUUGGAGGAAGAGCUGCGGCGUUACAGGCACGCUGGACUAGGAUCAGCAGACAGCUCCAGCAGCAGGAGAGGAGCAUCAAAGCUGGACUCGGCAGGUAUGCUGCUUUCCCAGGAGCGUGAGGCUUGGACUCGAGAGAAGAUCCGCUUAGAAAAAGCCUUGCAUCUGGCCCAGUCCCAGGUGGCCCAUCUUAGAGGAGAGAUCAGGUCUGACACAUUGAGGGAGCUAACUGGACCUGGCGCUGACAAUGCUGCACUGAAGAGGAUGUAUGGAAAGUACCUGAGGUCAGAAAGCUUCCGCAAAGCGCUGAUCUACCAGAAGAAAUACCUGCUCCUUCUUCUGGGAGGCUUCCAGGAGUGUGAGGAGGCCACCCUCGCGCUGCUCUCCAGGAUGGGUGGCCGGCCGUCGCUCUCCAGCCUGGAUUCCCUUCACCAGCGCCGCAGAGGGCUGAUGCGCUUCCGCUCUGCCGUCCGAGUCUCUAUCGCCCUCUCCCGAAUGCGUUUCUUAGUGAAGCGAUGGCACAAGGCGACAGGGAUGAGCACCACGACCUCCUGCAGUGUCAACAAGAACGGAGUAGGACAGGCACUAGGUACAGAGGGGAGGGAUUCCAUAUCACCGUAUCUUCACCCAGGCAGCAUAGAUAUGUGUAGAGAGAGAGGAAGUGGAGGGGGAGUCUCCAGCAGCAGGGGGCGGAGUGGACGUGAGUCCCCCAGAUCGGCCCUCUCCUCCACACACCACAGGUUUCACAUGGCUGGUGACCACGGAUCCCUCACCUGCUCCCACCUAGAGAGCUAUGACCCCGACAGAGCACUGACUGACUACAUCUCCAGGCUGGAGGCCCUACAGAGGCGGCUGGGGAGUGUGACGUCAGGUGCUUCUUCAUAUGCUCAAUUGCACUUUGGCUUGAGAAGAUAGAUGCUGACCGGUUACUUUGGCUUGAAGAAACUCAGUUGCCUUUUCUCGUGCUGAGCGCUCUGCUGUUUUCUAUCAUCCUGGUGUGGACUGUAUCUUUCCAUGUGGACCAAAACCCAUUUUUUAUUAGUGUACGACAUGUUGUAUUCAGGCUUUUUGUCGCCAGCACUUGAAAAACAGCUAUGUUUGUAAUUUAAUCUGCCUCUUUGUUGUGGAUGAGCUACAAUCAUGUAUAUUUGUCUAAUGCUAAUUUAAGACCGUGAUUAAUUUAUCUUUGUGUUGUAUGGGUGGAGCGUUAAUGUAGAGAAUGUUUGGGUUCUUUGUGAGGAGGCUGCUACUGGAUAUCCUACACUACACUGUGUUUUGUUUAGGCUGGACAGACUACAGAGGACAUUUGUAGAGAACGUAUUUUUGUAAAGCGUAGGAGCUUUGAAUUUUCUGGGUAUUUUGUCAAAAACUGAAAUAAAGAGGACUACAUUAUUUGAAA